CUCCCUAAGCAAUCUUCACCAAAUGCUACCCAGAUUUUGUGUAGCUUUUUUUUGAGGCGUUGAGACAAAGAUAGUGAUUCAAGAAACAAAAUGCCACGUUAUCCAGGUUGAUUUAUGAAUGUUGUAUCAUGUACGCAUGCAUCAAGUGCAUACCAAUAUUGCCUGCAAAACACCAGUCAUGGUUGUUACAUAAAUUUCCCGCGAGGUAUCGCUGCAAAGAAGUAUUCCUGCGCUGACAGAAAUACAUUGGAAUCAUUCUGUGAUGGUGAUGACAGAGAACCCAAGAAGGAUACAGGAUAUAUUUGCGAAGAAAACUGAAUACACAGCGUUCAAAGUGUCCAACAUCAAUCAUAUACGGAUGAAAUCUUGUUGUUUGAAGGUCGACAAUGGGAUGUAGCCGGUGAGAUGGAAUAUCAUGAGAGACCUGCUUCUUUUCGCCAAGCCCGCCUCAACCCCUUUGAUCGGGGGGAGGAGGAGGAGGGCGGCCCCCCAGGGGGUAAAACCCCCUCUCGAGAUGAGCUGAGACCUGAGCUCUUCUCCUCUAAGAGCAGAAACCAGAGUUUGGACCGAGCCAUGGACCUGGGACUGGCAGAGGACCACUUCUCUCGACCUGUCGGCUCGUUUGUAGCGUCGGACAUUGAGCAGCUGAAGAUGGCCAUAGAGGAGUGUAAGCGAUUAAUCCUGGAGCUGCCUGAGCAUUCAGAGAGACAGAAGGACACUGUGGUCAAACUCAUCCACCUACGGCUCAAACUACAGGAGCUUAAGGACCCUGAAGAGGAUGAGCCAAACCUGAGGGUGCUAUUGGAGCAUCGUUUCUCCAAGGAGAAGAGCAAGAGUGUGAAACAGACGUGUGACAAGUGCAGCACUAUCAUCUGGGGCCUCAUCCAGACCUGGUACACCUGCACAGGUUGUUACUACCGUUGCCAUAGCAAGUGUUUGAACCUCAUCAACAAGCCCUGCGUGAGGUCAAAGGUCAGCCACCAGUCAGAGUACGAGCUCAGCAUCUGCCCAGAGAUCGGGCUGGACCGGCAGGACUACCGCUGUGCCGAGUGCCGCAUGCCUGUGUCACUAAGGGGAGUGCCCAGCGAGGCCAGGCAGUGUGACUACACGGGCCAGUACUACUGCAGCACCUGCCACUGGAAUGACACCGCUGUCAUCCCUGCACGCGUCAUCCACAACUGGGAGUUUGAGCCACGCAAGGUAUGUCGUUCCUCCAUGCGUUACCUGGCCCUGAUGAUUCCCCGGCCUGUACUGAAACUGAGGGAGGUCAACCCACUGCUCUUCAACUUUGUGGAGGAACUAGUGGAGAUCAGGAAGCUCCGUCAGGACAUCCUACUGAUGAAGCCCUACUUCAUCACCUGUAAGGAGGCCUUGGAGGCACGGCUGCUACUGCAGCUCCAUGAUCGCCAGCACUUUGUGGAGAACAAUGACAUGUACUCGCUGCAGGAUUUGAUUGACAUCUCCAGUGGCAGACUCAGCUGCUCUCUCACAGAGAUCCACACUACCUUUGCCAAGCACAUCAAACUGGACUGUGACCGAUGCCAAGCCAAAGGCUUUGUUUGUGAGCUGUGUAAGGAGGGAGACAUCCUGUUCCCGUUUGACAGCCACACCUCAGUGUGCCACGACUGCUCUGCUGUCUUCCACAGGGACUGUUUCUAUGACAAUUCUACAACUUGCCCGAAAUGCGCCCGGAUGACCGAACGCAAGUACGACGAUCCGCCGGAUCCGAAAGACAAGUAGCCCUGUCGAUCUAAGCCUAUCACUGUGACUGACAACCUGUGGGAAUGGCCACUUUUUCUUAUGUUGAGGACCAUCGAGACAUUUUUCUGACACAAACAUGACUAGCAUUCCCUCUUGCUCUCUCUCGCUGUUGUUUUUAAGUUACUUUGUUCCAGUUCAGUGGACUACGGAAGAUGGUAGCAGGAUACUAGAGUUUUAUAUGAUCUGGUAAUGAAGUGUGAUACUCUGAGACUGGCUGCAUUGUAUAGCCACAGAAACGCACCCUGAGCACUAAACCAAUGUUGUACAGUUUGUGUGUUACUGUGUGAGAGUACUGUAUGGGCAUCAUGCUACAGGCAUGAACUGCAAUGUGGGUCACAACUGUCUUUACCUCUUAACAAUCAAAUAUCUUUAACUACCUUGAAGUAGGUGUUAAAUUCCAAAUUCAUCUUAACAAAUCAAUUUAACAAAACUACCAUUCACCUCCAGGCCUUAACUGACAUCGAUAACAAGAGCCAGGUAUUUCUAAUGAGGUUAGGUCGUAGCUCUUCAAGACUACCUCCCUAUGGGCAUGAGGUAUUUCACUCCCCUGUUGUGAAACAAUACGAUACAUGAUGGACAAUGACACUAAAAUAGUUUUUUAUUGUUUAUUUGUUUUAACACCACAGAAUGGUCUGCCUGAAACACUUAACAUACAAACCACAUGUUCUCUUAUGUCUUAGGGAACUUUAAUGUAGUACCUUUUUUACAGUAGAAUUAUUGGGCAGUCAUGUAACCAAUGGCAAGAGGGUAAAGUUAAGGAGAGCUCAUUAUGAUGUGCUGAUUAACUAUAUCUUAAGUUGACACACUGUGUGCUGAAAUAUUUGGAAUUCUAAUUGAACACUGGGUGCAUUUACCCAUUGAUCAAGUGAUCUAUUUACAGUAUUUUUGUGGGGGGGUUUGCAGCCCGCCUCAAGGUAUGGCACAUUCUUUUCAGAGAUGAGAAAGCUGACGAAUGAUACUUCUGGACACAUGAGCAUGUAAAUGUUGAUGUUGACAAAUUAUUUGUUUUAAAAUAAUGAGUAUUUGGAGGUGUUAUGUUUUUCUCUGCAUAAUGAUCUUCAUAACAUGCAAGUGUAAUGUUCCAUGUGUUAGUGUAAAUCCAGAUAUAAACAUGAAUUGUAAGAUCAUGUGAAGUUAAGCAUGAAUAAUGUAUUAAUAAAUUCUAUGUUGUGAGGAGUGUUUUAGCUGACGCUGUGGCAGCCUUUGCCAAUGUAGCCCUCGGCUCCAGGGCUGUGGCAGAGGCUAAUGCAACUGUUACUGUGUACCGUGGCCAUACUGAAUGUUGUUUUGAACAGUGUACCAACAAACUGUAUUUAAAAAUGAUUGAGAGGGAUUGUUUAUCUGAUCAUCGUGGAAAAUGGGACCAGUGAAUGAGGGGAUUCAAUUAGCUGGCCCGGUGAGAGGAGUUUGUUUACGUGUGCGUUCGUUUUGGAACCGGGCUGACUCCCGGGCGUGAGCCAGUUGCCCCCAACCUCAGUGGUUCAAAGCCCACGGCUCCAAAGAAAAGUGACAUAGCCUAAGCUAGAUCAAACACGUGGAGUAAAGAGUAGGAUUCGGUAUUUUCACAUGCAGAAGUGAUUUCUUUUUAUAAAAACGCUUUAUCUGCCUUCCCAUCCCAAUGAAAACUAGUUAGAAAAUUCGAACAUAUAUUUUAUGGACAGGAUAUGUAAAUGUAUGGACCUUGCUGCCUUGUUAGCAACCUUACAGAUUACUGUAAGGUUUGAGAAGGGCGCUCCUUCAUCGCUUUUGGUCGUCAUGUCACGGGCCAUUGACAAGUGCACCGCGGCUCAGGUUAAUAGAACUCCCUCAUUUUCAUAAGCUUCACUUGUUAUCGUUCCACGCAUAUUGACCAAUCGCAAAGCAGCAGCCGGUCCCUCGAAGGCCCCGAUGAGGUCGUGGGUAUGCACGAAAAUAAAUACAAUAAAAUGUGAAUACUUUAACUCGAA